GAGGCCUGAUGACGGACCACAACAAGCGCUGGCUUGAACAGGAAGGCAGGCUGGAGGACCGCCUCACUUCCCUCGACGAUGACCUCCUUAUCUCCAUCCUCUCCUUCCUCUCCAUCAAGCAACGCGUCGCCCUCUCCGCUGUCAGCGCCCGCUUCCGCCUCCUCCUCCCCUCCAUCCCCCGACUCGACGCCUUCCGCCUCGACGUCGGCCUCCCUCCCGGCGGCGUCAGCGUCCACCAAGAGCUCACCUUCCCCCGUGCUCUGAUCCGCCAAUGCCGCGUCGUCUUCUUCCGGAUCGACGUCCACCCAGAGUUCAUCUUCCCCGAGGACGUGGCCCAUUUACCCAAACACCUCAAGCAGCUGCUCGUCGACGACCUCGUUGAAGCGGGCGUGCAAGACCUCAUCCUCCAAAACUUCAAGGGUAAGGGAUGGUUGAAUUUCAGCGACAGGGAUUGCAGCUUCUUCCGCAUCAAGUCGCUGAGGAGCCUCUCCUUGGACAGAAUCCGGGUGUCGAAAUACUCCAAUUGCCUCCCCCUCUCGCCCUUGGGCUGCACCCUCCUCACCUCCCUUGAAAUGAAAUUCAGCGCCCUUUGCGAUGAUUUCCUGGUCAACCUCUUCGCUUCCUGCCCCUUCCUCGAGCAUCUGCAACUCUUCCGUUGCUAUGCGCUCGAGAACGGCAUGAACAAAUUAAGCUUCCACUCCGCCUCCAUCAAAAGCUUAUUCCUGUCGUUCCAGAUCGAUAAGCUUCCCUCCAUCAUCGACGUCCGCGCUCCACAGCUCGAGUCGCUCAUCGUCCCGGUCGUAACCACGCUGCGCAUAGAAGCCCCCAAAGUCCAGAACGCGUCGUUCCUUCUCUCCCUCAAGCCUCCGACAGAUCCUCCAGGUGAAUUGAAGAAGCUUUUCAGAGCUUCUUUUCGAACGGGAGCUGCUCAUCUCUGGCUGAAUUCUAGCAAAAUCCCAAACAAAAUCCCAAACAUAUUAAUAGCAGCAAACAAAAUUGGUGAAGUUAAUUCGAUCUUCAGGCUCGACUUCAAUUUGAAAGAUCAGUCGUCGACUACGAUAUUGACCGAGUUAUUGAAGAAGUGCAAUAACUGCUGUACCAAAUUUAAUAUAUAUGUAGAUCCUACGCGUAUGCAUAUCAACACUGAAACAACAAAGGACGACCAACACUUGCUCCAUGGCUCGACAGAAUUGGAGCUGAUUAACUUACAAAUGUUGAUGCAGGAUAUUUGAAGAGUUUCUCUCAGAUGAAGAGAAGAUGAAGAAAUUUAAGUAUAUAGGAUUUGAAAUACUGAGAAG